GGGUUCAUGAGUUUUUGUCCGUAAGGAAUUGCCGUCGGUAGACAGCGUAAAAAGACGGGAAGCCGAAAAUGAACUACAACCUAGGUUAGACGCUGGCGAAAAGAACAUAAAAAUUGUAAACUUUUGGAUUGUGAGGCCUCAACAGAGAAUGAUAAGGAAGCCACUCUGAGUGUAGCACGAAACCAUUUAAAUAGGUUUCGGAUCUGUUACACUAAUGCCCGAAGCUUACUCAAUAUGCGAUCGGAACUAGGUGUACAGAUUGACUCUACCAAGCCAGAUAUCGCAGUCACAGAAACUUGGCUGACGCAGCCUACAGAUAGUAUGGGACUUGAUUUUGAGGGCUUUAGGUUGGUAAGAGCCGAUAGAAUCCAGAAGCGUAAAGGGGGAGCAGCUCUAUUCAUUAGGAAUGCUAUCCCAUUUGCCAUUAUCGACAGUGUAUAGCAUGAGAGUGGGACGUGUGAAUUAGUUAUUUGCCGCUUGAAAUGCAAGGGAUAAGAGCUGCUGAUUGGCUUGGUCUAUCGCAGUCCAGGCCGUGAGGUAAAUGAGGUCUUGCUAAGCAGUCUCAAUACUUGGUCAUGAAGUGGUCGAUGUCUAGUUCUAGGGGACUUUAAUACACCUAUGGUAGACUGUGAAAAUCUGCUAACUGAAUCGUCAGAAAAUUCCUUCGAGCAGGAACUAGUUGAUGCGGUUAUCACAUGUGACCUGGUGCAACAUGUGAAAGAAGCGACUAGGUACAACCCGGACGCUGAAUCAUACUUACUAGAUCUUAUACUGACUCACUAUGAGGAUGACGUUGCGAACCUCCAUUAUAUGCCACCCCUAGGUAAAAGUGAUCACGCAGUUUUAACUUUCGACUUCCAUAUAACUGUCAAACACGUCAAACACGCGUUAACUCAAUCCAGACCUAACGUCUGGAAAGCAAACAUACCAGAUAUCAUGCACUCAGCAUCGUUAGUAGAUUGGACAAUAGACCCAGAGUCCUCAAUUGAAACGGCUUGGGACGCGUUUCGAAAUUUAUACUUAAAAGUUACCGCACCCCACAUCCCUUGGACCAUACCAAGGGGGCCGACAAACUCUCCACCAUGGUUCAGUAAGGAGGCUCGCGACCUCUGUAAGAGGAGAAAAAUGUGGGAUAGAUUCAGGUUACUGGGGUCUGAGACAAAAUCUCAGUAUCGAAAAGCUUAGAAUGCCUGUGCCUCCACCCUCUGUAAAUCUAGAAAGUUGUACGAAGAAAAAAUCGCCAAGGAAUAUCCUAAUCAAAGGACAAAAAGAAGAGGACAUAUUCCAGCACUAUGGAGAGACAGUACUGCCGCAUCAUUAGUGGAGGACGACUUUGGUAAGGCUCAAGUGUUCUCGAACUACUUUAGCAAUGUAUAUACCGUAGAAAAGCCCUUCCCGUGAGUCCAUACAAACCCACACACACACACACACACACACACUGGACAGCGUGACCAUUAAAGAUCUGGAUGUGUUUGGUCUGCUGAAUAGGCUUAACAUAGGUAAAUCCACGGGACCCGACGAACUGCAUCCCAGGUUACUAAAGAAAUCAACUUACUUCGUUGCGAAACCUUUGAGUACAUGCUUUAAUCUAUCCGUAACGCAGGGUCGUUUACCAAAAGACUGGAAGAACACCAUAGUAAGUCCUGUCUUCGAAACAGUUAUGAAACAUAAACCUGAGAAUUACCAACCCGUUGGCCUAAUUUGUGUUGUUGUAAGAUUUUUAGAAAAGAUUAUUCGAAAGGAGCUGUUUAAGUAAUUCGAUGCAAACCGGAUCCUUUCGGAAAAGCAGCAUGGUUUUAUUAUAGGUUAUUCCUGCCUCACUAAAUUAUUAGUGGCUCGUGAAAACUGGUGAGCUCUUAAAGACCAAAAGUUACAUAAAAACGUAGCCUACACUGACUUCAGCAAAGCUUUUGACCAAGUUCCGCACAACCGGCUGCUAUAUAAGUUAAGAAAUGUCGGGGUUCGAGGGAAUCUAUUGUUGUGGGCAAAAGACUUUCUAGUUGGGCCAAAACUUAAGGACUACUGCACACUGUCGUGCAAUAGCCACCAAAGGUUUUAGAACUUUAUGGUCAAUAUGUAGGGCUUUUAGUCAUGUCGACGCUAAAACGCUUUUGACUCAGUAUACAAAGUUCGUGCGUACUAAACUCGAGCACUGCAUAGAAUUGAUUAGACCCUGCUUAAAAAGACAGUGACCUUCUAGAAAAGGUCCAGAGAUUCAGAUUUGUGUAGUAAGGACAGAACGCUUACGGCCUAUGUUAUUCCUUUUCUAGUAUGCUUCUGUGAGUGUCCAGUCUUCUCUUGAAUGAGUCGAUUGGAGAUGCGGACACCACUACUUCGGGUAACAGGUUCCAAGAAUUGAUGACUCGAUGUGAAAACCUGUGUACCAAGGGUAUUUUCUUCGCCCUUGGCUUUUCUACUCGCCUGCUAUUCCCUCUGAGAUAUCCCAAUAUAGUGGGAAGAAAAAGAGAGGAUAUAUUAGUCCCAAAAUCAUUACUUAAUAUUAUAUGCAUCAAAAUCAGAUCACCUCUUAAUCUGAGAUAGGACAGAGUAAAGAGGUCUAGCUUUUCAAGCCGAUCUUUGUAUGGUAGCUAGCCCCCAUAUGAUGCUCGACUGGCUAGGCUAAACCUAUUCCCGUUGUUAUAUUGAAGGACCAGAGGCUAAUACAUUAGUUUUUUGAACUACUUAGUAAUAAAUUUCCAUCUGAUAUGCCUUUACUUCCCUUGACUUCAAAAACAGAGAAUUUACGAGGACACUCCAAAAACUUCACAAGUUCAGAACAAAUUACUUAUCAGCUGAACAUCGACUUCCCAUCGAAUCAUCAGCGAGUGGAAUUCAUUACCACAGUAAGUGGUUGAGGCUCCAUCUGUCAACACUUUCAAAAGUUGGAUCAACUGAGAAACAACCAUUGCCAGGACUAACACAGGCCGUCAAGCCUCCAGUCCUUUCCAAACUGAAACUGAAAACUGUCAAUCUAAGAUUUCAGAAAUCCAAAUCUUAUAACCAAACAUCUAGAUCUCUCCACUAUUACCUCAUACGGAAAAGUUUACACAAACAGUGGCCAGGAUGAUACCAGUUUGUUGACCCGAGUUUGUGAGCCAAUGAAAAGUGAAGGAACAGUCUAGAAUAUUCUACGCAAAUCUACUCUGUUCCUAUUGGUCCAUUUGUUUCUAUUUUUAGAAACCAAACAAUAAAUUCUAGAACAUUCUAAACAGUAUUUAUAAAGGCACGCUCAGCGCGCGUUCGUUACUUGAUUUUGUGUUAGACGCUGUACAAUGCCCGAAUCAAUGGUUACCGAGCAACAACCUGAGGAGUUCGCGUUUCAGGCUGAGAUCGCCCAGCUUAUGAGCCUGAUUAUCAACACUUUCUACUCCAACAAAGAGAUAUUUCUUCGUGAGCUUAUAUCUAAUGCUAGUGACGCUCUGGACAAGUUGAGGUAUAAGAGUUUGACUGAUCCAUCAGUUCUUGAUUCCGGAGAAGAUAUGUAUGUCAAGUUGAUACCCAACAAGGAGGCUGGAACUUUGACUGUCCUGGAUACUGGUAUUGGUAUGACGAAAGCAGAUUUGAUUAAGAAUUUGGGUACGAUCGCUUCCUCUGGCACGAAGGCGUUUAUGGAGGCUCUGGCUGAUGGUGCAGAUAUAUCGAUGAUUGGUCAAUUUGGUGUAGGUUUCUAUUCUGCCUACCUUAUAGCCGACCGGGUUCAAGUAGUGACGAAAAAUAAUGAUGAUGACCAGUACAUUUGGGAGUCGUCCGCUGGUGGAACUUUCACAAUUGCACCAGAUGACAGUGAGUUGCCAAAACGAGGCACUAAGGUGAUAUUGCAUCUCAAAGAAGAUCAACUAGAUUUUCUUGAAGAGAGAAAAAUUCGAGAUAUAGUGAAGAAACAUUCUAAUUUUAUUAACUAUCCCAUCAAGCUGGUUGUUAAUAAAGAGCGGACCAAGGAAGUGUCUGAUGAUGAGGCUGAAAAGUCCGAGUCGAAAGAAACUGACGAGGCUGACGACAAACCGAAAGUCGAAGACCUAGAUGAAGACGAGGAAGAGGAGAAUAAGGAAAAGAAAAAUAAAAAGAAGGUUGUGGAGAAGUAUACUGAAGAAGAGCAACUGAACAAGCUUAAACCGCUCUGGACGCGUAAUCCCGAAGAUAUAAAUACAGAAGAGUAUGCCGAGUUUUACAAGUCGCUUACUAAUGACUGGGAGGACCAUCUUGCCGUGAAGCACUUCUCUGUUGAAGGACAGUUAGAGUUCCGAGCGUUGCUGUUUGUGCCUAAACGUGCACCUAUAGACAUGUUCGAAGGAUCGCGUAAGAAGCGAAACAAUAUCAAAUUGUAUGUGCGAAGAGUGCUGAUCAUGGAUACGUGUGAUGAUAUGAUUCCUGAGUACUUGAAUUUCGUCCGAGGCGUUGUGGAUAGUGAAGACCUGCCCCUUAACAUCAGUCGUGAGGUGUUGCAGCAGAACAACGUAUUGAAGGUUAUUCGUAAGAGCUUGGUCAGGAAAUGUAUUGAGCUAUUUGAGGAGAUAGCGGAGGAUAAAGAUAACUACAAGAAGUUUUACGAGCAAUACUCGAAAAGUAUAAAACUGGGCAUCCAUGAAGAUAGUGUUAAUAGGGGGAAGCUAUCCGACUUACUGCGUUUCUAUUCCUCAGCUUCUGGUGAUGAAAUGAUCAGCAUGAAGGAUUAUGUAUCACGUAUGAAGCCUGAACAACAAGAUAUUUACUACAUAACAGGUGAGUCAAAGCAAGCUGUAAUGAAUUCACCAUUUACUGAGAAGCUUACUCAACGUGGAUUCGAAGUACUGUUCAUGGUUGACCCGAUUGACGAAUAUGCUGUUACCCAUAUACGGCAAUACGAAAACAAGAAGCUGGUUUGUGUUACGAAGGACGGUCUUCAAUUACCUGAGAGUGACGAGGACAAAAAGCAAUUCGAAGAGCUGAAGUCGUCGUUCGAAACGCUGUGCAAAGAGAUCCAGCAAAUCCUCGGCAAGAACGUUGAGAAAGUUAGUAUUUCGAAUCGACUUACCAAUUCCCCAUGUUGCGUUGUAACUUCAGAGUUUGGAUGGUCUGCUAACAUGGAGAGGAUCCACGGGACCCGACGAACUGCAUCCCAGGUUACUAAAGAAAUUAACUUACUUCGUUGCGAAACCUUUAAGUACAUGCUUUAAUUUAUCCGUAACGCAGGGUCGUUUACCAAAAGACUGGAAGAACACCAUACAAAGAGCGGCUUGAAAAACUAGACCUAUUUACUCUGUCCUAUGGCAGAUAAAGAGGAGAUCUAAUUUGAUAUACAGAAUACUGAGAAAUGAUGUUAGACCUAACUUAUUAUCUGUUUUUCUUCACAUUAGAUCGGGACAUCUCAGAGGACUUAACAGCGCAGUGGAAAAGCGAACGAACAAAAUAUCAUUGGUAUACAGGUUUUCACAACGAGUCAUCAAUUCUUGGAACCUGCCGCCCGAAGCAGUGGUGUCUGCACCUUCAAUUGACUCAUUCAAGAUAAGACUGGACACUCACAGAAGCAUACCAGAAAAGGAAUAACAUAGGCC